AGCUCUCGCAACUGAACACGCUAUUUGACACUUUCUGGAUCGGUGAAAUACAGCAUUGCUGGAUCUGUAAAGAUGCAACUCUCUGGACCAUCUCUGGUCGCCGUCGCCACCGGCGUUGUUGGCUCGGCAUGGCUAUCUGGAGCCAUCAUGUCCUUCUCCAUUGGAGGCGCGCCCGCUGCCGCCGCAGUGCAGCAUUCUUCCGCCAAGAUCUGGGCUGAGCUUUACCAGCGAGGAGCUGCGUCUAUGCCAAAGUUCGCCAUCGGCACCGCUCUCGCCUACUUUGUCGCGGCCUAUGAUGCCUACGGCGAUGGCAGAGCUUGGGGACGCUACUUGGGAGCCGCUGGCCUCACCCUGUCCAUUGUGCCCUUUACACUCACUGUCAUGAAGUACACCAACGGAUUGCUCCACGAGGAGGCCAAGAAAGACGCCAGCGAGAAGGAUGACACCUCUGUAGCCCGGGUGAACAAGUUGCUGGAUCAUUGGGUCACGUUGAACUUUAUUAGAGGCUCUUUGCCACUUGCAGGAACAGUCCUUGGUGCUUUCACCUUUCUCCGCGAGGCUUUGUAAAGUUGCCGCAGUUGAACUCUUUCUUUUUCAAGAAAAUAUUCGUUCAAAGGGAUUAAGGUUGUGAAUAUGAUUUGUGGAUUCAAUUACUCCUCUCUACGUUGCCGGUGUCUGGCAAUCUUACUGAAUGCAUUUGUCGUUUUGAAGUCGGGUUUUGUGAUGCAAUAGGUUCCCCAAUUGGGGUGACAGGUCAGACAGGCAAAUGUGUAGGUAGUUACACAAAGAUUGGAACAAUAUUAAGAUAUGACAAGAGCACUUGUAUGCACUUGUGUACCCUCCACUGGCU